GAGCAGCCGCGCUUCUCCCGCUGCCUGAACUCUGCGCCCCCGCCCCCCCGGCUGCUCGCUGGAUUUGUCGUUUGCUGGAUUUUGUUCGGGUUUGGACUUUUAUUCGGCGCUGGAAUGGAGUCGUCCCCGCAGGAUUCGGGGAGCGAUCCGGGUGCUGAGCCCAGCACGCCGGUCACGGAGACGCCGGCGAGCCUGGAGACUCUGCGGGGUGGAGAGCACCUGACUCCGGCCAGGAGGCACAGCAGCUCCGGGUCCAGCUCGUCUGGCUCCGGCUACAGCAAAGGUUUGUCAGCAGCUGUGAAGAAGACACACACCUCUCAGAUUGAAAUCAUUCCCUGUAAGAUCUGCGGAGAUAAAUCCUCAGGGAUCCACUACGGAGUGAUCACCUGUGAGGGCUGUAAGGGUUUCUUCAGGCGGAGUCAGCAGAGUAACGCCGCCUACUCGUGUCCUCGGCAGAAAAACUGUCUGAUCGACCGGACGAGCCGCAACCGCUGCCAACACUGCCGCCUGCAGAAAUGUCUGGCUGUGGGCAUGUCCCGCGACGCUGUAAAGUUCGGUCGCAUGUCCAAGAAGCAGCGGGACAGUUUGUACGCUGAGGUGCAGAAACACCGCCUGCAGCAGCAGCAGCAGCAGCAGCAGCAGCAGGGCCCCCUCCUCCUGUCCCACCCCAGCCUCAGCAGCCCGAGCCCGGGCGACUCCGAGCCGCUGUCCCCUCACUACUGCCUCUCCUCCACGGGCCUCACGGAGCUGCCCGAUGAGCUGGGGGGCUACGUGGAACAAAACUCACCUGAAGGAGGAUCAGUGUCCUCAAAGGCAGACUCUGGAGGAGGAGGAGGAGACGGAGGAGGUGGUGGCUUCUACCUGGACUUCCAGCCCUCCCCGGACCAGUCGGGGCUCGAUAUUAACGGCAUCAAACCGGAGCCGCUGUGCGACUACGGAUCCAGUAACAACUUCUUCCCGUACUGCUCCUUCAGCAACGGAGACACGUCGCCCACUGCGUCCAUGGCGGAGCUCGAUCAGCAGGCUCAGAUCAUCUCAAAGUCUCACCUGGAGACGUGUCAGUACCUGAAGGAGGAGCUGCAGCAGAUGAGCUGGCAGAACUUCCUGCAGGACGAGGUGGAGGGCUACCAGAGCAAGCCGCGGGAGGUGAUGUGGCAGCUCUGCGCCGUGAAGAUCACGGAGGCCAUCCAGUACGUGGUGGAGUUCGCCAAACGCAUCGACGGCUUCAUGGAUCUCUGUCAAAACGACCAGAUCGUGCUGCUGAAGGCUGGCUCUCUGGAGGUCGUCUUUGUCCGAAUGUGUCGGAUGUUUGACUCUCAGAACAACGCCGUCUACUUCGAUGGGAAAUUUGCAGGUCCUGACGUCUUCAGAGCGUUAGGUUGUGAUGACUUGAUCACGUCAGUGUUCGACUUCGCUAAAAGCUUGUGUUCGCUGCACCUGUCGGAGGACGAGCUCGCUCUGUUCUCAGCCUUCGUUCUGCUUUCUGCAGACCGGUCGUGGCUCCAGGAGAAGCUGCAGGUGGAGAAGCUGCAGCAGAGAACUCAGCUGGUUCUGCAACACGUCCUGCAGAAGAACCAGAGAGAGGACGGACUGCUGAACAAGCUCAGAUGUAAGGUGUCGGCGUUGCGUUCACUGUGCAGUCGGCACACAGAGAAGCUGUCGGCGUUCAGAGCUGUUUACCCCGACGUCGUAAGGACACACUUCCCUCCUCUCUACAAGGAGCUGUUUGGCGCCGACCUGGAACUCGCUCUGCAGGCCGACGUCGACUAAACGUCAGCCGUGCUGACGCAUUCGGACCGAGGCGGUUUCUACGGCCGCGGAGGACCGGACGAUGACUCAGGCUACCGCUGCACUUCUCCCGGACGGCUGAGUCCACAAAACCGGAGAGAUUGAAUCUUCACCUCCUGCUCCUCCUCCUCCCCUCAUGGCUCUGGUUUGGAUGCAGUGAGGAAUCAGGUGGUUUCCCUCCACCUGCAUCAACACACGUCUUGUAUCCAGGAUGGUGGAUCUGGAUCAGAUUCACCUCUGACUUUAACAGACAUCUUCGGCAUUCACUCCUGGCUUCAGUUUGUCAACACAUCAGCUCUUCUUCUCACAGUCGCUUCAUGUCUGAGUGUCCGCUCACACCAGAAAGUGGCACCGAAAAACUCCCUUGUAUGUCCUCCAGAAACUGGUCUAGCUUCACGCCUGGUGAUGUAGUGACCACCAGCGGUUAGCUGGUGCACUGCUGUGGCAAAUGAACCAACUGGUAACAUUAAAGCUGCUUUAUUCCAGCCAAAAUAGCUCAUCAAGCUAGCUAGCUAGGUUGCUAACUAGGGUGAAAACUGGAUGCUGCAACAAGCUAAUACUUCCUUCCCCUCAAAGGUUAGAUCUGAUAAGGCGGUUUACAAUCCUGCUUGGUAUGAAUUAGCAGUUUGUCAUAGGUGCAGGUGUGACCGAGCCCUGACAGUGAACGCCUCAUCCAAAAAAUUUACUCCCAGCUCUUGCCCCCCCCUCUUCUCUGAUGUUGUGGCUGCACCGUUUCAUUAAAACAUGUCUCCGAGUCAUUUUUACAGACAAGUUUCCCAAAAGUCCAUCUGACAGAUUCGGUAUUUUUGGACACUUUGACAUCUCUUCUAGAACUGAUAAUAAAGUUUUGUGAGUUUGAAUAAUGUUUGUGAGGUUGGAUGGAGCCUCCAGAGGGUACAUCAUAGUUUAGGAAGGGUUUCGCUUGUUAAAUCAUCCAGGUUGUCGCAGGAUUAGCAGACAACUGGAUCUGCAGCAGGUCCAGCCGCCUUCGACUCGACACGUAUCGAUAACUCAUCUGAUUCUUCUUGUCCUGGAAGAACUGAGCACAUACCUGUUCUGUUCCUUUGUUCAUCGUGGUUCAACGCCGCUGAUUCGCUCAGUUUUUUCUGGUCCAGGUUUAAAUGAGGUCAGUCGUCUGUGACGAGUGUUUUCUUCUUUUGAUGUCGGUUGACGUGUCGCUCAGGUUAAUGAACGUUAACUUAAACACAACCAGUCACAUUCAUGUCAUUUUCACCUGAUUGUCAGUCAGCAGGGCCGUAAACGCUGCAGUCCUCACAUUUGAACUCCAUGUUUGUAGCUGCUGACUCGAGUUAUAUUUGACGAUUUGUUGAUUCCCUUCGUGUGAAAAGGGUUUUUUCUGUCUGUGGUUUCAGAGUCGACUGAACAUCUGAUCCUAAAACACUUUUUCAUCUCAUGAACAAAAUGAAUAAAGUCAAUUUGCACGAAUCAAAACACAGCUGACUGAUCCAACACCUGAAAUGGGCUGUGACAGUUACUUCCAGAGGCGUUACUACUUUUAAAAACUAAACAGGUGUGUCCUUUCUCAAACAGGUAGUGUAGCGUAUGAUGCUGGGCUGGUUGGUUGGUUUUAUUUUAGAAACAGUUUGAUCCUGAUUUAAUUCUUCCUCCUCCUGCUGCUCUUCCUCCUUCAGCUGACUGAUGCCUCUGUGCUACAUCUGGUAACAUCAGCACAGAGUCUGCAGACAGCAGCAUCGGCCACAGAGCGACUGAUCCAUUCUAAUCCAGCAGUUAGCCUGCAGCCCCACCUGGUGGCCCUGACGGGAAAGUGCAGGUUCUUUUAUUGUGCAGUUCAGGGCUGCAGCAGUUAGAGUUGGGGCUUGAUCGCAGUUCAGCAAAUCUGAAUCCAGAAUCUAAGCCACUUACCCAACCUGAAUCCUUUCAGAUCCCCACUAAUGAUCUUUUUAUGCCUCCACUCCAGCAGCAGAGACAUUAUGUUUACCGGUUGUCCGUCUGUUCGUCUCUUUCUCAUGAACGUGAUGUGUCACGAACGCCUUGAAGGAGUUUCUUCAUUUUCAAAUGUUCAGCUGAACACAAGGAUGAACUGAUUAAAAUUUGGUGGUCAAAGUUCACAGCGACCACACAAAACACACCUGAUGAAGCUCUGUCAGUCCUCUGGACUCCUCUGGACUCCUCUGGACUCCUCUGGACUGUGGUCUCUACGUGAGGACAGCAUGUUUCUCACUGGAGUCAGACAUGUCGAUAUACGAGAAACACCUUUAAUCAAACUCCUUCAGUCUUCACUACACAUGUUAGAUGAGUUAGUGGAGACCAACAACAGCGAGGCGGUGAUUCUAGUUCAACAUUUGGAAGCAACCAGAAAAACAAAAACUCAAACAGUUAGUGGACAGAUGAGUCUGGUGUCCUGAGUCCAUCAGAGCCAAACCAACAACACGUCCGGCUCGGCACUGUCUGACUUCCUGUCCGUGAGCGUCAGCUCCAAGCUCAUUGGUUCCUACUGAAGAUUUUUAAAAACACCUCAUAAAUACAUAGUUUGAUUUUCUGAUUUUGUUUUGAUAUUUCUAAUCCGCUGCUGAAAAUAGUCCCCAACAAAUGAACCAUUUCCUCCUGAAUGUGUGUUAAAAACUAUUUCAGUCCUAAAAAUCAAAGAAAGAAAUAUGACUUUUAGAACUGCUCAAGUCUCACAUCCACACAGAUGUUUGAAUGAUGACGUUUAACUGGAAGAAAGAUUUAUUUAGGAUUCAACCAGCUAAUCAAAAGCAAUGUUGCAGAAAUAAGAGCAUGAAGAGCAACGUAGAAUCUAAUUCAUAAAACAGAAACUAUGCAGACUCCAGAAUGAUGAAGCGCUGAAAAUGUUCAUGUGUUGGCCUGGUAGUGUGUGUGUGUGUGUGUGUGUGUGUGUGUGUGUGUGUGUGUUUCUGAUGUGUGUGUGUGUGUUUGUUUCUGAUGUGUGUGUGUGUUUCUGAUGUGUGUGUGUGU